CACCCUCACCUGUCAAAGCUCCUUGCACCGCCUCUACCUGGGGCGGAGCUAUCAUUCAGGUUUAACAUUCGAAAAGGGAUCUGGCCAAAGCUCAAGUCGUUCUCCAGUGCAUUCAGACAGAAUGCUUGCCCUCCGACUGACCGUGUUUGCCCUCCUCUUCUGUGGGACCUGUGGUUUCUCCAGGUACUGGUUUAACCUGUUUAACAACUGCAACCCUCCCCAAAAGCUGGUGGGGAAGUUCUGUGCUGCUUUGCUGGACAACGACGUCGACGGUGACGGCAAAGUGGACAACAAAGACCUCGACUUAGAUUUACUGUUUUACAACUACGACGAUGACCGCUGCACUAGCGAGACGUGGGAGGUCGUGACGAGGUGGACGUGUCGGUAUGGCUUCUCCGAGCAGUACGCCCGCUUCAUGUUAAACCGCUUCGACCGCAACCAAGACGGCGCCAUAACCAGAGAUGAUUUCGGUGGAUCAUUUGCUUUCGCCAAUGACGACUUUUUAUCACUGCAGUACACUCGUUUCAAGAACGACUACUGCGGUGACCCAAAAAACAGGGAGAACCCCGUUGACCGAGUCCAGUGUGCCGAGGUGGAUGAACUGAAGCCAGAGGACAUCAAGUGUACAUAAGGAGGACCCACAUUCACCUGUAAUGGGGAAAGUCAAUAAAGCUGUUGCUAAUAA